AUGGCGCCAGCGCGCGUUCCUGGCGCCGGGUGCAGGAUCAACGCUCUCCACAACGACGUCCUCCUCCGCGCCAUCUCCUUUCUGGACGCUCGCCAAGCCCUGCACACGUGCGUGCUGUCGCGGCGGUGGCGCGACCUCUGGCGCUCCAUGCCACGCAUCAACGCAUCGCGUCACGAGUUCGACAGCAUCGCUGACACCAAGGAGGAGGGCGACGUGCUUUUCAAGAUGUUUGUCAACCGAUUCCUGAUGCUCCAUAACCCCACUGCCUUGGACGAGUUCAAUCUCUGGUACCCCGUACCAGAUGGGGAUUCAAUCGACUGGGAUACCGAAUCAGAAGAUGCUAACCUCUGGAUCGGCCAUGCUUUACAGUGCAAUGCUAGGUCUGUCAACGUUUCCAUAUGGGACGCUAGAUUGUAUCUCGAUUCGGCAGUGUUUACUUCGAAGUGCUUCUUGACAAGCCUGGAGCUUUCCUGUGUUGCUUUGUUCCUCGGCUUCUUUAAGAGCCUCCAAAUGGGCUGCACAGUAUUGGAACGUCUCAUGUUACAUGAUUGUGCCAUUUCUGACAUUGAGAUUUCCUCCCAGACACUGAAGGUUUUCACAAUUGAUGUCGGGUGCAACUUCACAUUUUCUGAACGGGCUUCUAUUUCAAUACCAAGCCUAAUUAAUCUUGGCUACUUUCCUUACCAAAGAAUGCUACCUUUACCGACAAACAUGGCAUCUUUAGAGACAGCAUCAGUUUCAGUUGGUACCGUUCAUGCUCCAGUUGAUGGCAUCUGUCAAUUUCUCAGAGGCCUUUCUGAUGUUACAAAUUUGGAGCUCUGUUAUGAAGGAGAAACGGAGAUGGAAAAGAAUUUUCAGUGGUGCCCAAAAUUCAACAAUCUUACAAUCCUGACCCUUGGCAAAUGGUGUCUCUGUGCAGACUUGUAUGCAUUGAUAGUCUUCCUUCAGAACUCGCCUAAUCUGUUGAAGCUAACUCUGGAACUCAGAGGGAGUCCAGAUACAUAUAAAAAAUUCAUUGGUGAGCUACAAGAAAGAUCUUGUGAUCAGCUUAAGAUUGUUGAAAUUGUUUGCUCGGAGGAUUGGGAGAAUGAUCCCGUGCUCAACAGCCUGGAGAAGCUUUUGCUUGAGAAUGGCAUAACCUCUGGUCAGAUCAACAUCAUACACUGGAUGUAG